GUCGUCGUCUUUGUACAAUACGUACGGUUGACUCGCGACGCGCAGUCGUUAUUUAUUUCGACGGGGUAGAUACCGCCGAUUUAUUGACAUUUAUAUAUAUUACAUAAAAUGUUGUUUUCGAAUUUGUGUCAAAAAGCGUGAGUGAAGUGGUUAAUUUAAAUGUUGUACAGUUCCCUUCAGAAAAAUCAGCAAGUGAGCAAAAAGGCAAAAAAUCCCGCGAGCGUAACAAAAGCUCAGCCGCGUCACCGACAGGCAGCGGGCGGCUUCAAGGGCGCAGCAGCCUCCACCGACGCCGGCCGGAACUGAUCAGAGUGGAGCGAGCCGCGAAGCCGCAUCAUUGCGCCGUCGACGCUUUGCCACACCACACGUUCGCACGGUUAGCUUCGAAAAUAAACAAUGCUCACCACGUCGAUCGACACUUUCCAACUGUUGUAAGAAGUUGAAGUCAGUGCCCGAAAUUCGGGAACUUUAAUAACAAUGCAUCUACUAAUUGUUUUGAGUGCAAUUGUCUACGCUAGUGUCGAUAUCGUCCAGGGAGCCAAUGUGUUUCAUAAGUGUUGUCCGAACAAUCACAGUUUAAUGAAAGUGUUCGAUGAUGAAUCCUUUAACUUUAGCUCUUAUAAAUGUUUAGAUCGUGAAAGUGCAUGGAAUGACUAUAAUAUUACCAUAACUCCUCUUUUUGUUGGUAAAAAUCUAUCGGUGGAGGAUGGUAUACCUGAGACAUGUGAUGAUGUUCCAAUAGAGGAGGUAACUGUUUUAGACUUCGAUAGUCCAUUGCAGGUUUUUAAUGGGUGUCACGACAGGCUCGUGGCAGAAUUAUAUAAUGGCACCGUAAAGACAGUACCUCCUUCAAUCAUAGGAUUAAAAAGUUGUGUUAAAAAAGAAGAUAAUAAGACAUCUGAAGAUAAUUUGAUCAUUCAUAAGUACAGGAAGUGUUGUCCAAGGGGGCAGAGCUACGACAGUAAUUUUCAUUUAUGUAGAGAAUCUGAAGUUAAUAACUCUGAAGAAUGGUUAUUGAAGCGGUUAAAAAUGAAUGAUAAUGAUAUAUACGAGGUGGAUACUGGCUUGGAUUGUCCAGCUGAUGAGUAUGGCUUAGAGUUGAGGCAGAGGUUCUUUUCACUUCGAACGGAGGGAAGUACUUUAAAGAUAUUUAGUAAAAAAGGUGACGGUAGCGGCGAUGCUGAUGAGGGACAGUGGUGUGUGGACCGGGAGUUCUCGAGUUCGGAGUUGGUGGCGCGCGUGUGUUCUAGUGAUUGUUCCAAGUACGGUGCAUUUUGUGUGAGGAAGUGCUGUCCCAUCGGGUACCACUACAAGCCUCGGCGUUGUGGCAGCUUCGCGAGCAAGUGUGUGCCAAACGUGGAUGAUGUGUUGUUUGACAUAUCAGACUAUAUGGAACCAUUGCAACACAAGAAUCCAGAAAUAACAGAUGUAAUGGGGUUUCGGAUCGAUUUGCAUUGCGAUGCAGGUCGCGUGGUGUUAAACAAGUCCGUGCCACGAGAUCGACAUCGGUUACGAUCUGAUGGUCGUCUGAUCUCACCAAUCAGUGUUGGCGACGGCUACUGUUUCGAGGCCUUUGAUAGUCGCUUCUGUCCUGGUGGCAACAUCUUCAUCACGGCCGUCAACUGCUUCAUAAAGGCUCCCGAAGUCGUGAAGAACUUUCGAGUAUCUUUCAUCUUGAUCACUAUAUCGAGCGUGUGCCUGGCACUGACGCUGUUGGUCUACAUAUCACUCCCGGAGCUGCGGAACCUUCACGGACGGACCCUCAUCUGUCAUGUCAGUAUGAUGCUGCUUGCGUUUGGCUGCCUCGCGCGUGCCCAGUACACUCGAGUAGCUGACAAUACUACCUGCACUCUUAUUGGGUACGGGAUCUACUUCGGGUUCGUGGCGGCGUUUGCCUGGCUCAACGUCAUGUGCUUCGACAUCUGGUGGACAUUUGGGAGUGUCCGCUCCGUGCAGCCGAUGCGCAAAGCCAGCACGGAGCUACGUCGGUUCCUCUGGUACUCCUUGUACGCGUGGAGUACGGCGAUCCUCCUCACACUCGUCAUGUUCAUCUUCGAUAAGUACCCGGUGUCUGACUACCUGGACGCCAACAUGGGGGAAGGAUUAUGCUGGUUCGGAACUUAUCAGAACGCGCGGAAUGACUGGCCGCACUACAUAUUCUUCGUGAUCCCCAUGGGGCUUGUGACUUGCACCAACUUCGUGCUGUGGGUGCUGACCGCUCGACAUUGUGCGAAGGUCAAGUCCGAGGUGCAUCGGCUCCAAGCUGGCUCUGUUGGUGACAGAGUGAAGAGACGGUUCCGAGUCGACAGAGCAAAAUACGUGUUGACCGGCAAACUCUGGAUAGUGAUGGGUGCUGGUUGGAUCUCCGAGUUAAUGUCUACGAUAGUAUCUCAGCCCUGGUGGUUGUGGACCAUCAUCGACCUGAUCAACGAGCUCCAAGGAGUCCUCAUCUUUCUCAUUCUAGUUAUGAAGCCCAAACUUUAUUAUCUCAUCAGAAAGAGGCUAGGUUGUUCAUCGAUACCGAUUGACACAAGGUUGGAGAAGCCGGAUGCUCAGAAGCACGGUACAUCGUCGUCAGCGCGGACGUCAUCCACGUUCCUGUCUCGAGCGCUCAGCACCGACGAGCGCACCAACACGCGGCUCUCUCUACAGAAUAAUGUCAAGCAGCCCUAACUGUGUGGAGUCACCCCUAUAUAUUUGUAUAUUCAGGUUAUUGUGGCCGACAUUAUUAAACAUGCGUAACGAAACUGUAUUGAGUUCUUCGAUGUAGAAUUAUAAUGACUGGAAAAAAUAGUUAACAACUAAAACUCUACAGGGAAAACCAUAUUUUUUUUUUUUAAGGAAGCAAUUAUUGAAGUUAUUAUUAGUUCUGUUACGGCCACAGCCUGUAUGUAACAGCAUAUAUGUAUUUGUUCGCAUCGCCGUCUACAUUUUAAUAUUUUUUCAAAAUUAUACGAGUAUAUUAAUAUUGGUCUAGUCAUAGAUUAAGUGAUUAUUAAACAGUUAUCAUUCAUUUUGUGGACUUGAAAUGUUUGGAUGUACUUUGGUUGAGAUGAUGAAUGAGCGGCUCUACAGUGUAAAAUAAAAUUAUGAUUGUGAGUGAAGUGCCUAUUUGUAACUGUCGCUGUAGUAGGGUACACAGAGGUGGUUUUGAACAGAUCUUCAGUUUUAAUUACAUAUUAUACAAUUAAGCCGUUAGUUUUUAAGCAUACCGUGUUAUUCCGUUAUUAUACUUACUUAUAAUACAUAUACAUAGGUGCGUUAGUUGAUUAAUAGACAAUACGCACAUUGUUGGUCCAAGUGACACCUUGGGACAGUAUUGAUUCAGCUCCUCACUAGUUUACCUGCUUUCUGUAGCUUGCUGUAUUAAUCGUAUUAUAUUGCAAAUACUAUUCAGUUUGUUAAAUGAAAUGGAAAUGACAAAGUAUUAGGUUUGUUGACAAAAAAAACUCAAAUUUUAGUAAUCAAAGUACCUAACUUCAUAAUAUGCUUAUGAUGAAAAUUUUGUCGGUAACUAAUGACUUAUUUUUGCAUGUGGAGAUAGAUAUUUUCGAGUAUUUUGUUGGAUUUUGUAAAGAAAGAACUUGGAUUAUGGAUAUAAAUGUCCAAUCAAAUCAGUAAUUAUGUGUGUGAAGAUGUUAUGGUGCUACACAGUAGUAAUAAAAUAAUUGUUUAUAUUGGACAACCUAUGUCCCUACGUACUAAGUAUGGUAUAUGUGUUUUGUAUACCUACGUAGAUGGAUAUGGAUGGAUGGAUAGAUCUAGUAGGUGUUGUAAGAAGACAUAAUGUUAGAAAAGCCUUAUAUUUAGGUGUUAUACGUGUCCAAUUUUGUUUAUUUGAUAGAUUUUUAACAUUUAAUUUUUUUAUUGUUAUUCUAUCGGCUUAAUCACGUAACUGUUUGACGCGCUGCUACGACUGCCACAUCUUAUGUCGUGGAAUGCUGCUCAUGAAUAUGAGCCUCUAGCGUGGCUGGAAACUAGUCGAGUAUCUCGUUAAACAGUUACGUGAAUAUGCCGAUAGAAUAACAAUAAAAAAAUGAAAUGUUAAAAAUCUAUCAAAUAAACAAAACAUCAUAAUUAAUUUAUUAUCUUACAAAAGUUAUAAUAAAUUAUAAUUCCUUUGUUUCACUUUACCUACUACAUUCUUGUUUUUUCUCUGAGUUUAUUAUUCAAUAGUGUUUCUUUUUUAUUAUGAAGAUUACUUAAGCAUUUCUUAAUGAAUUCAGUAUUUUUUUAAAUAAUUUUCCACAGUAUUAUAUAAUUUUCCACAGUACUACAGAUGAUGUUAUGAGGCUAAGUUUUGUAUAAUUUCGCAAAUACCAAUGCAAUUUGUUAUUAGCCGUAUUCUUUUUAUAUAAAUAGUGUCCUAAAGUAUAUUUUUUAUGACAUUUGGCAUUCAAUAUACUCUCUAAAGAUUUUCACAAACUAAAAAGGUCUGUGAAUCUAAAGAAAAGCAUUUUAGUUGGAUUGAACCUCCAUUGUGAUUAGUUUUGUAAGGACUCCGUGUAACGCUCUCUGACUGAAUAGUUGAAAUUGAAUGAAAAAUAUGUCGAUAAUGGUAUGAUAAUAUAAUGAUAUGAAUUUGACAGCUAAAGAAUGUUUGAUAUAUAUUAAAAUACUUAUGGUUAAGCUUAAAUUUUCUACACAAUCUUGUUUAUCCUAAAACCAUCUUAUUGUUAGAUUAAAUAUAAGUAAUACAAAAUAAAAUAUACCUACGUGCAACAAUAUUAUAUUCCAUAAUGUACCUUCAGAGCACCUAGUUUUAAUAGUCAUAACUAUGUAUAAUUAAGUAUAAGAUUAGUUAAAACACUUAAAAUGUAAACGAAUCUAUAUUUUUAAUUAGAAUAAAACAUGGAUUAGGAAAAGACGAAAAAAUAAAAACAUUCUUCAUUCCAA